AUAUCACCGACAGUGUUUUCGCAGCCAACAGCAUACACUAACUGGUCGUUAGGGGCCGCAUCAGAAUGAAUCAUACCUACUCAUAAUGCCACGAUAUCAAGCGGCGAGCCAAAUGGGGCAAUACUCGCCGUUCAUUCAAACACCGCACGCUCGUACUUAAAGCUAUAGUCUCCAUGAAAAACCCCUGAUAAAAUUCAUCAUGCCGUUACUGAUAUGCGCAUAUUUCCUCGUCUUCAGGCGUUGAGUGUUUGCUGAACAGAGUAAGCCUAAAAGAAGUGCUUUCACGACAUGGUUACGACCAACGAUACUCCUCCUGUACGGGUCGCCAAACGAGUCUUCCCUACUGAUCGGUCAAACAAUAUCACCACCACUCCAUUAUCGAUUCCAGAUGCAACAGUCGUGCGCUUCACUGACUGUGGCGCAAUAUGGUUUUACGACAAGACGGACGGGGUAAAUGCGAAUGAUCCGGACACAUUCGAGCGUCUUGAGUCAGCACUUUCGGAAACUCUGAGCGAGUACCCUCACUUCACCGGCCAGCUUCGAUGGGCGACGAAAAAAGAUGUCGAGGAUUCUUGCAACCCCCGGCAUUUUGGCCGGCCCGUAGUGAUUUACAGGUCUGAGCAUGACCCGGGCAUGGAGUUGAUUAGGGCGAAAGACGGUAGAGAACUCAGCGCCAUCGUUCCUAGCAUGUUAGAGCGCUCUACUUCGAAGAAGAUAUGGGAUAUUUCGAGCAUUCGCCAAAGCGACUUUCUCCCAGACACUCGACUUGCAUUCUCUAAUAUCACUGAAUACGAAAAUCUUCCAGUAGCAGCUGCCCAGCUUACCGCAUUCAAAUGCGGUGGCUUCGCCGUGGGCAUCAGAAUAACACAUUGCCUUUCUGAUGCAAUAUGUUUGCUCCAUUUUAUUCAUACUUGGGCAGAGCGGUCGCGAUGUCUCUAUCAUACCCAAACGAUGGCGGAAACUUCCCCAGCGUUGAGUGCAGUAUUUAAUCCUGGAUUGCUGGACGCGCAUGCCAACCUCGACCCUCGAGCUACUGAGCCAGAUACUGAGAGGCUGUCAAGAGCUUUAGGAUUACCGAUGCAUCGCUUCGAUUGGUGGGCGACUGACGCUCCGGGGUACCCAUCUUGGGCCACGGCAACGACGAAGGCGACAAUGCCUGCUGCAGCAGAACUAACACAGGUCCAGCUCAGCCCUUCGACCGUCCCUCCUUGGGCUACCUGGGAUUCAAGUGCCGCUGUAGACAGUAUGCAGAUACGGUUCAGCAGAGCCGAGGUGGAAAGAAUGAAACUCGCGGCGAUGGAAAGCUUACCGAAUGGUUUCAAGGGCCAAGCAGUUUCUCGACAGGACGCACUCCUCGCGCAUCUAUGGAUCUUGGUGAAUCGAGCCCGCCAACUGGAGAACCUGCCCGAGCAGGUCUAUUUGGAUAUAUCCUUGGGAAUGCGUAAUCGCGUUUCGCCGCCUUUGCCGGACACCUUCGUUGGCUCUCCCAUUUUGCUAGCUUACACGAACAAGACAGGGGCCGAGACAGCUGCCUCAACCAUUGGCGCCGCUGCCGCUGCUAUUAGGCAGACCGUAUCUCAGUUUACUUCUCAGGCAAUCUCCGAUCAUUUAUAUGCCAGUGCCCACGAAAUCAGCCCCCAGCGCCUCUGGCAAGCCUUCCUUGGCUCUCGACACAUCCUGGUGACGUCUUGGGCGCGAUCGCGCGCCUACGAAGUAAAUUUCCACGGUACGGGAGUGGCACGCUAUGUUCAAGCUCAGAUGCCUUUCUCAGAUGGGGUUAUGCAACUCAUGGAUAUUGCUGCCACAGGCGAUUUUGAUGUUAACAUUUCCUUAGAGAAAGGUGCGAUGGAACAACUGUUAAGCCAUCCUAUGCUGAGGGCAUAUGAUGAGGCGUGAAGAACACCUCUUUCCUGCUUCUCUUAUCAGUUGGUGGCAAGGAUGCAAUAGAUGUUGAAAG